CUGCGGGAGGAGCAACAGUAGGUGGUUCUUUCACUUAGCUCUCUCUCUUUGCUGUUUUUUCUUUUCUCUUAAACAACAGCGUGGGGCUGAAACUGAAACACUCGUAAAAUGAGCGCAGUCUGUCGAUUGUGUUCAUUGGCGCUGUUUCCUGUAGAAGAGGAGGCCAUUUUGUAGAACUCACGAAGAAGACCAGAAAAGUUGUUCAACCUCUUUCCCCCCCUUUCUCUCGGACUGUUUGACAAUCACGUUUGCGGACUUUCUCCUCAGCGGAGCAACUACAGGAGGUAGAAGUGGCAACAGAAGAACGAGGAGGAAGAGGAGGGUCCUUCCCUCCGAAUGUGUUUGUCACCUCUGCAAAUGGAAGAUUGAAGCACACCUCCAGGAGUGGGAUCAUUUUCUUUUAUUCCAGCGGGAAGCUCAGAAGAGCUCCAUGAACACCUUUGAAUGAGCCUUUCCUCUCCCGAGUGUGUGUUGUUGAGUUUCCAGAGCUUCACAGGUGUGAAGAUGGCCAACCCCAGCCCCUGCAUGCCCUCAGGACCCCUGGGACAGGUCUUCUUCCCUCCAGGGGCCUCUGCAACACCGCCUGGUUCUUCUGCCCUGAGCCCCGUCCACACGCCCUCCUUGUCCCCCCAGGGUGCCUUCCCACCUAUGGACAUGACCCAGGGGCAGGGUUCAGCAGGGGGUGGCCCUGUGCCCCUUAUGUCCCCAACUCCAGCCGGGGUGUCCUUCAGCAUCCAGAUUGGUCUGACCAGAGAGUCGGUGCUGAUGCCACAGAGUGCAGACCUGGCCUACAUCAAACAGAUUGCCUGCUCCAUUGUUGACACCAAGUUCCCUGAGUGUGGCUUCUAUGGCAUCUAUGAUAAGAUAUUGUUGUUCAAGCACGACACCUCCACCAGCAACAUCCUGCAGCUGGUUAACGCCGCAAGUGACAUUCAGGAGGGAGAUCUGGUGGAAGUGGUGCUCUCCGCGGCAGCCACAUCGGAAGAUUUCCAAAUCCGUCCUCAUGCUCUAAACGUGCACUCCUAUCGGGCUCCGGCUUUCUGCGACUACUGUGGAGAAAUGUUGUUUGGACUGGUCAGGCAAGGUCUCAAGUGUGACGGGUGUGGAUUAAACUACCACAAGCGCUGCGCAUUCAGCAUUCCAAACAACUGCGGAGCUCGGAAGAGGCGCCUGUCCACCAUCUCCCAGGGCAGCAGCCAGUCGGUUUACAGCAUCGGGACCACGUCCAUCUGCACCGAGGACUCUGGUCUGGUGCGCUCACACACACAAAUGCCUCGUACCCCGAGUGAAGCCCGGCGCUUCUACAAGGGUCGACCCGUGCACUUGGACAAGAUCCUGAUGAGCAAAGUGAAGGUGCCGCACACGUUCGCCAUCCACUCGUACACGCGUCCAACAGUGUGCCACUAUUGCAAGAGGCUCCUCCGCGGACUCUUCAGGCAGGGCCUCCAGUGUAAAGACUGCAAGUUUAACUGCCACAAACGCUGUGCAUACAAAGUUCCGAAUGACUGUCUUGGUGAGACCAUUGGAGAAAACAGAAGCAACAGUGAUAUGCUGAGUUCCAGCGUGGACCCGGAGGUGCCCAUGGACUACACCAGCGAUUAUGACGCCUCAGACAAGUCAUCCAUGGAUGACUCAGACGAGGCAUGCAGCAUCCCAGGCUCCUUCUCUCCUGAGAGUGACCAGGAUGGAGUCAGUGGAGAUCAGAGUGUUAACAUUCCACUCAUGAGGGUGGUCCAGUCAGUAAGACAGACCACUCGUCGAUCCAGUACUGCUAUCAAGGAGGGAUGGAUGGUUCAUUACAGCAAUAAAGACACACUGAGAAAGAGGCACUACUGGCGCCUGGACUGUAAGUGCAUCAUCCUUUUCCAGAACAACACCUCAAACAAAUACUACAAGGAGAUCCCUCUCUCAGAAAUUCUGGAGGUACGACCUGCCGACAACUUCACUCUGGUGCCCUCGGGAACAAACCAGCACUGCUUUGAGAUCAUCACAGGGACCAUGUGCUACUUUGUUGGGGAGGACCCCAACACGCUUCCGCCGCUGUCCCCCCAGCAGACUGUCCCGCAGAUGCCUCCUUCGCCCAGCCAAGUGGCGCCCAACAGCGGCAUCGGCCGCGAAGUGGCCACGGCAUGGGAGAGCGUCAUCCGCCAGGCCCUCAUGCCCGUCAUCUUCCAGGAUGCUCCUCCAGCCGAGGGACACACCACUCACAGACAAGCCUCAGUCAGCAUUUCUGUGUCCAACAGUCAAAUCCAAGAGAAUGUGGACAUCGGUACAGUGUACCAAAUAUUUGCUGAUGAAGUUUUGGGAUCUGGGCAAUUUGGAAUCGUGUAUGGAGGAAAGCACCGGAAGACUGGAAGGGAUGUGGCCGUUAAAGUUAUUGACAAGCUCCGCUUCCCAACUAAGCAGGAGAGCCAGCUGAGGAACGAGGUGGCUAUACUGCAGAGUCUGCGCCACUUGGGCAUCGUUAACUUGGAGUGUAUGUUCGAGACCCCUGAGAAAGUGUUUGUUGUUAUGGAGAAGCUCCACGGUGACAUGCUGGAAAUGAUCCUCUCCAGCGAGAAAGGCCGACUGCCUGAGAGGCUCACCAAAUUCCUCAUCACUCAGAUUCUUGCAGCGCUGAGACACCUACACUUUAAGAACAUUGUCCACUGCGAUCUCAAACCCGAGAAUGUGCUGCUUGCCUCUGCUGAUCCUUUUCCCCAAGUAAAGCUGUGUGAUUUCGGCUUUGCCCGUAUCAUCGGGGAGAAGUCCUUCCGUCGCUCGGUGGUUGGCACGCCGGCCUACCUCGCCCCGGAGGUCCUGUUGAAUCAGGGCUACAACCGCUCGCUGGACAUGUGGUCGGUGGGCGUUAUCAUGUACGUCAGCCUCAGCGGCACGUUUCCUUUCAACGAGGAUGAAGAUAUCAAUGACCAAAUACACAACGCUGCCUUCAUGUACCCUUCCAACCCUUGGAAGCAGAUCUCCAAUGAUGCCAUUGACUUGAUCAACAACCUGCUGCAAGUUAAGAUGAGGAAGCGCUUCAGCGUGGACAAGAGUCUCAGCCACACUUACUUGCAGGACUAUCAGACAUGGCUCGACCUGCGAGAGCUGGAGACCAAGCUGGGCGAGCGCUACAUCACUCACGAGAGCGACGACAGCCGCUGGCAAGCAUUCGCCCACCAGUACACGCUAUCUUACCCGGCCCACCUCGUGGCCCCUCCUCCCGCGCCUACCUCAGACGACGACGGGGACUGCAGGGACGACGCGGAAAUGCAAGGCCUCACCGAGCGGGUCAGCAUCCUGUGACGGCAGAGAAAGCGGGAGGUGAUGAACGAAGCGGCUCUGCUAACAGUGUUUACACAGUCAGUUCCAUUAUCAGCUGCAUGCCAGCACUCCAUUUUCAAGUCCAUUUUGGUGACUUUGCAGAUAAACAACAGUUCAUAGCAAAGUCAAACAGGUUUUGUGUGUAGUUUGAAUGGCAUGAAUCACAGUCCUCAUUCAUUAUUAUAAAAAAAUAUAUAGCAGUUCCUCUCAGUGAUGAAGUUGCACUGCACUUCAUCUUGCACCGUUGUGGUAACGUCUUUCCACAAAAGCUCACCCAUAAACAUCCUGUGGUGACAACUGGAAGUACUGAUUGGGCGACGGCGCGUCUUCCUGUAAUGAAUGCAAGCCGCACUCUUCUAGACGCUCUCGUGUCCGGAGCUAGCGCUUAGGUUUUCUAUUUCCUGUUUAUACUUUUUCAGAUAUAAACGGCAUUCUGUAACAGCAUUGAUUACUGAUGAUCAUGUUGAUAUGUUGCAUGUUUUCGUGUAGUAGAAUGGUAUGGACAUAGCGUUUUUAUUCCAGUAGUCAACUACUUGCAUGUGUACCCUGAAGAUGAUGUAGCGUCCGUGACAUGUUUGAAAUGAGAUGCUUGACAUUGCAGAGCAAUACAAACCUGCAGGAAUAUUCCCUUUUAGUUGGGUCCUGUUUUUAUACAUCAUUCAUAGACUUAACACUUACUCACACACAUUUUGUGCGAUAAUCAUGCUGUCUUUACCGCACCUUGAUAUUCCAUGGAUGGAUUUUCUCGGCAGAGGCGAAGUGCUCACUCACGACUACAGAUUAGUGAAAAAUAUUUGAGGGAAAAAAGCCUUUUGUGUACUCAAAGUUGUGUGAAAGUGAUGUGUUACUAUUCUUGCAGAGUGUCUUUUCACUGAAGUACAAAGGGUGAAAAGAAAUUAAAGCGUGUUUUGUCAGUUUAGUUGCUUUAAUCUGUAGAGUUUAUCGCUCUUUAGUUUAGCAGCCAUCAUACGUCUCGAGGCACCCAGACAAGGUCGAUUUAUGCUGACAAAGAAAGCAUUUAUUUGUACAAAGUUGCCUUUUCUAAAUUAUAGGACAAGCAAGAAGAGACAGACUGUAAUGCCCUGGUGGAGUUUUUUUUUUUUUCUUUUUCAAAAGCUCGUUUGCUCACAGUUCAAAGUUGAUGACGAAAAAUGGAAACACAAUUCUGUGAAUUGUACAGAAAAUUGUCAGUUAUCUGAUACGGUCAUCAACAGCAACUGUGGUAUACUGAAUACUGAUUGUGUACUUUACUGUACUUUGUUUUAUAUAAGGCCAAAUAAACAGAAUCUCAACCCUGCAUUAAUCCUGGCUUUAGCCAAAACCCUAAACUCCAAAUACCGGCAUUAAACCGCAUGCCGGUUUUAUUUACAACAUAUUGCGCAACUGCAGGGUCUUGGGACACAUGCUAACUCGCAAACUAGAGAGCUAGCGACCUAAAUGGUAGACUUCAAGUUAUUUCCUUUAAACUUAAAUAGCCAAAAACUUACCACUUCCACACGGAGAGGGAGGAUAACUAUUAACAGUUAUUUAACCUUUAACAUGAACAUUAAUCAAACGUAAUAAUUUUUUCUGGGUACAUGAUACCAUACAGCAUCCAUAUCAAACUUGCACGGGCCGCACUAACAUUAAACUUUCAUAUCAAGGCGGGGGCCUCAAACUAGUGUCCUGCGGGCCACUUUUGGCCCGUGCGCCGCGGGUUUGAGACCCCUGUGUUAAGUUGUUGUUUUGUGUUUUUAUGUGUGGACGGAGAUGGCUGGUUCAGCCAAUCCUUGAUCGGCAGACACGAGUGCAGUAAAGGGCAAGGAAACUGUCCGGGUUGGUCAGGAUUGGCGGUUAACGCCUUUCUUCUUGCCCGUGCUGCAGUCGCAUCAGCUCGCGUCUUCUACUGAAAGUUGUCACAAGUUUGGAUGUUGAAGGUGUGCCAGGUUGUUUUAUAUUGCACUACGCGCAGUCCUUGAAUCUUUUACGUCAGGGGUGCUCAUUAAGUCGAUCGCGAUCUACCGGUCGAUCGCGGAGGUGGUACUGGUCGAUCGCGGCGUGACAUUAAAAAAAAUAUCAUCCUAGCAUCAAUGUCGUCACUUGAUUGAUAUACAGGGCAGCCAUUCAGAUGACAACUGAAUGUUGCCCUUCGGGCGACCAAUCAAAUCAAACAACGUCUCUAAGUGCAGCAGAACUUACGAUGUCAGCCUAUCAUCCAUCCCCGUUACUUGAUUGACAUACAGGACAACCAGUCAGAUGACAAUUGAAUUUUGACCUUUAGGUCACCGCUCAUGCGUAAACAACGAUGCAAAGUGCUAAGCUAGUCGGCGAAUUACGUCAGAUUUUAAGCCCUCGCUAAAGUUUAUGGUCACUAAAAUGAGUGAAGGAGCUGGACCAAGUAAAAAGGCAAAAACAUAUCACUUCCAUACGGAAUGGGAGGUGGACUUUUUUUUUUCACAAUGUCUUUUUCGAAGUGCGUUUGCCUGGCUAACCUGGCUAUCAGCAGCUACUGUCCGGACUAUGCAUCCCUGGCUGAUUCAAUUCAGUGCAAGUCAUCAAAGUAAACUCAGGUAAUUACAAAAAAUGUUAAUAGUUAAUUAUGUGUGUUUUGCAAUAUUGGCUCAUUUGGUUAUGUAAGGUACAUCAACAUACAUUGUACGUACAAAUAAUCCUCAAUACAUUUGAAAAUAAAUAGAUGUUUUGCAUUUUUGUAGUGGGUAGAUCAUUUUGACUCGGUAAUUUUAAAAGUAGCUCGCAUGCUGAAAAAGUGUGAGCACCCCUGUUUUACGUGGUCUGCCUUGGUGCCGCUUUCCAGAAGUCAAUUUGCCAUUCAUGAGCUGCUUUGGCAGCCUGUGGUCGUCCAUCCAAAUCACGUGGCCAACCCAUCAGAGCUGGGCUUUUUUAGUAUCACGGCCUCGAUGCUAAUCAUCUAGGACCUCAAGGUUUGUGAUCCGGUCUUGUCAGUGGAUGUUCAUAAUUGACCGCAGGCUUCUCGUAUGGAACCUCUCCAGCUGAUUCAAGUGUCUUCUCCAGUUUCUCAAGGCUAUGCUAUAACGUAGCAAAUACCAUAGAUGUGUGAACACAGUAUAAUCCUUCCUUUGAGGAAAAAAGAAGAUAUGUUUAUUCAAAUCAUGGCAGGCUGUAAUCUCUUCGGUAAAUACGGGCCAUAUGCAAAUGUGUCAUGGAGUUGAAGAGGUGAACAACGUGGACUGUUUUCCAUACUUAGAUUAGAACGCUUCAGUCCACUCUUAGGGAGGAGUAGCACUCGUGGAGACAUUGUGGAUUCACAUCCAGCUCACUCUUUACGUUGCUUUCGAGUCCCGUCACCUUUGCACUUGCGUCAUCAGUGGCACUUGACACACAUGCAUCUUCACUGAGAAGCGUUUGUCUUGAAUCCAUACUAAGUAAGCAACAUAAAUAGCAUCUUCUGGGCUCUUUGUGAUACCUUGGAGUUAAAGCGGACCUAUUAUGCUUUUCCCAUUUUUCUGACCUAUAAAUGUAAUUAGAAUGUUGUAUUCUCGUAUUAAACGAUGCCAAAGUUUCAGAUAAUGAGGUUUACGCAAUUGGAAGUGAGCCCUGAAAGAAGUUUGGGAUGGCUCUGUUUGAAAAGCGGGGUACCUUGGUACCGUUCCUUUGUGUUCUUCACUGACGGGCGGACUUCCUUAGAAACAGUACAAAUUAUCUGCCCUCCCCCAAGCUCAGAACAGCCAUAUGAACCACUCUGUAGUGCUGUACAUGAAAUGUAUUUAUAAACUGGGUCUAGGGAAAAUCUGCUUCAAAACAGAACAUGCUUGAAUCAGGUGAUAAGCAUGUGGAGGACUUGUUUUGGAGACAAGAGGCCUCUUGCCUUAAUCCGAUAAUCAGAACAAAUCAGUGUGACAUUAAUGUGUACUAACAUUAGUUAAAAUGUAUAGCUAAGAACAGUCCAAAUUUGAAGGUAUGUCAAUUGAGGGAGAUUGAUGGAUCCCCUGGCUGGUCCCCUGCAACAACCAAUCAGGGAGCCGGAGUCCUCCAAUACAAGGAAACAAAGAGGCACACACCUGCAGAGACGCAAAGCAAUUUGCUGUAACAAAAAACAAACCAAGCCAAAACAAAUCUUACAACCCACAGUAAUAACAUGCAUCAUUAUCAUGGAUGUCGUUUAUCGUUAUCUUUGUCAAGGCUAGACUGAAUACACAUGAGACGGCUCUUGUAUUGCUUCUUUGGUUGUUCAGAUGUAGAAAAUCAAUCAAAAGUAUUUGUGUUUUUGUUAUUCACAGUUCCCUGUUGUGACAUUAAACCCUAAUCGAACUUUAACCUGAA